UUUAUUGUUCAUAGUUUGUAUCAUGAUUCACAAUACAUGCCUGGUAUCACACAUCACACUCGAUAUGGAGCUACACCCCUUUACUCCUUUAAAUCCGGUGUUGUAAUACCUUAUAGUUGCGAUCCAACAUACGUUGGCACCACAAAUGUUAGCAGAGGCGCGCCAGUUAUUUUGUCACUUUUUUGGUAGGUACCUACGUAAAUAGGAGGUUGCAUAUGCUUUAUAAUCACCGUAGGAAGCUCUCGGAAUUCCACUAUAUAAUCGUACCAGUAUCCCACCCCUCAACCAAUGUUGGGAGAUCGUCCAUCUCAUUGAAUUAUACUUGCUAAACUCAGAGUUCACUCCUACCUAUAUUUCACUAUUAAAUCUAUACCCCUUGGUCAUUCAGAAUGGCGCGCAAGAACCACUCAUUCCACCUUGCUGAACGACCCGAGGGCGAUAUCAUCCCGGGACGAACUUUCAAGUAUCUAGAAACCGAUGCACCUACCGCCGACCAGCUAAAGGAUGGUCAAGUCCUCGUAGAGACUCUCUACUUGUCUCUGGAUCCCGCUAUGCGCUCUAUGCUGCAUGACUUCCGGUCUUAUGCGCCACCUGUCGCCAUUGGGGAGCUAAUGCGCGGAGGCAUUGUUGGUAGGGUUCUCGCGAGCAAGAGCUCUAAGGCGAAAGCAGGCGAUUUGGUAUCCAGUUUUGCCGGAUGGACCGAAGUUAUCAUCCUAGACGAUGCAAAAUUUGACGUACUCAACUUGCCAGCUGGUACUAAGGCCACUGAUGCACUGGGAGGGCUUGGGUUAACAGGGUUAACAGCCUACUUUGGCAUCAAAAAAAUCGGCCAACCCAAGCCAGGAGAUACUGUUGUUGUUUCGGGAGCCGCAGGCGCGACAGGCUCCGUCGCCGGCCAAAUUGCUAAGAUCUGGGGUGCUCGCGUGGUCGGCAUCGCUGGCUCGGAUGAGAAGUGUAAGAUCUUAACAGAGGAGCUUGGCUUCGACGUCGCGCUCAACUACAAGUCGCCGACGUUCCGCGACGACUUCAUCAAAGCUACGCCCAAUUUUAUCGAUGUCUACUUUGACAAUGUGGGCGGCGAGAUCCUCGAAAUGGCACUUGACCAAGCCGCAGUGCAUUCGCGUUUCAUAAUGUGCGGCAGCAUCAGCGGCUACAACAAGCUCGGACAAGGACCCGGAGGUCUUCCAGAUGUAACUGGCAUUCGAAAUCUCCUCCGAGUGACUGUCCAGCGUAUCCGUAUGGAAGGGUUCAUCGUCAUAGACUACAUAAGCGAGUUUCAAGAAGCACAGCAGCAACUAGGGCAGUGGAUGGUCGAGGGUAAGGUCAAGACCAAGGAGACUAUUGUCAAGGGCGGCCUUAAAGUGGCAGAGACUGCGAUAGGACAGUUGUUCUCUGGUGGGAACACCGGAAAGCUGAUUGUGGAGGUUAAACCAUAUGACAAGUAAUCAGGGCAAAUGAAACUUGUGAAAUAUGCGGUUUAUAUGUCUCUGGAUUUGUUACCUAGAGAACAAAUCGAUUAAAGAAUCAUGUUUUAGUCAAUGAAGAAAAAGUUGAACCCAAGGAGUCAAAUGCUUUCUUUUCCAUGUACGUGCCUAUGCCCAAUUAUAUUUCAACUAAAUAGGGGAUAACACACGACUCUGAUUAUCUAAACCUGGAUAUUUCCUGGCGUUGCUAUGUCGUAGAAUUAGUACCUCGUUAAGUUUAUUAAACCCGUAUUCAUGAUCCAAUGAUCAUAAUGGCUAGAAUAAUAUAAACUUAGAUACUGUG